AUGGAGAAGUUUCAGAGAGGCCACCCAGCGCCCGAGCGGGUGAGGAACCGAUCGGGAUCUGGGACUGUGACGGGGGACAAGGCGAUCGCGAAGAAGAGAUCGAGUUUGGGCAGGGCGGCAGGUGGCUUUCAGAGUAGAUUUCUUGCGUCGCUACGGAGUAAGAGGAAGAGUGGUGCAGACGAGGAGCUAGAGCCCAGCCCCUCGAGCCCGUUUCUAGAUGCAUUGUUUCGGUUGCCAGAUGAACUCCACAUUUACAUGCUGCGCGAGCUGUGCGUCUCGGAUCUGCUUGCUUUGAGGAGAACGUCCCGCGUGCUCAACAUGCUUGUGACAGAGAACGCACCUGCGAUUGUGCGCUACUGGGUGAAGAACCGGCUCGGCAAUCUUCAUCUACAACUUUAUCCGGCUCCAAGACCGGACGCGAUCGACUUCCCGUUCUUACUCACUAUGAGACGGCGACACAUAGCGUCCAUCAGGUUGACACGUCAGCUUGCCAAUCACCUUGUAGGGGAGCCAACCGAACAGAGGCAGCUGUGGACAUCAGUGUAUGAGAGGAUGCUGCCCCUGGUCUUUGGGGUAGGCUACUUUCUAGAUGAACAUCGACGACUACUUCUGGAAAGAGAUCUCGGCCACAUUCGACCACGCUCCCGUAUUGGCUAUCACGUCCGUACGACGGGUGGUAUCAGUAGCCAAGAAAGGAAGAUCUUGAAGAACCUGGACGCACCACUUCGACUUCAGUACUUCUACAUGUACUGUUUCAUUGUGCAGGUGCUGCUUCGAAAGCUGAGACCUUGCAGUCGUGCUGGAGCAGUGGAAAAGUUCCUGCGGGGAUUUUCAAACCAGCCAGCCUGUUCAGAGGAUGUGGCCUUCUUCCUCAUACUUGGUGGCAUUGGGCAAGUUGCGAAGCUCCUCGCUUGCCCGGUAUAUAGCGAGCGGCGAAGAUAUCUCCUAACGUAUAGAGCUCACAUGUCGCCGCAUACGAGUAAAUGCUGGAGAAAGCACUGGAAGGAUGCUGGUGUGGUUUCACCUGCGUUACUAGACGAUAUUCCUUGUACACAGAUUGGCAUAACACAGCUUGAUCAGGUCUGGGCUCCACUGAUAGCCCAGAUGAUGGAGACGGGGGCGAGAGACUUUACAGAACAGGAAAGGAUACGCUACGAGGAGCUGAAGAUAUCGAAGAAGUUCAUCAACGAAGUAAUGGGGUAUGACAUCCUGCGAGGUCGGGCAGCUGACGGAGGAGAGUUGGAUGAUGAGCACGAGCCAUGA